AUUGGUUACCUGGAUGAUCCUAUUCCUCCUAAUGUAUACCCGAUUAUUGUUCAGUCAUUAUCGAAAUUAAUCAAAACUCAAAAAGCAUUAAGAUCUAUUGAAAUAGAAAAUAAUUGGGAUCCUUCAAAAAUACUUUUGAUAUAUUCAUCAAUUCAUUGUCAAUUUCAAAACUUGACAAAAUUAUCUUACACUGGAUUGCUAAUCCCAGAAGCAUUUAUGCAACUUUUGUCUACUUGCACAAAAUUAGAGACGUUGGAAUUUGAUGGAUUUUAUAACAUACAAAAAUAUUCUUUUGCUGAUUAUGUCCUUCCUCCUAAUCGUUUCUCAAUCAAGAACCUUAGUUGUCGUGCUGAUCUUUCAAGUAUUCAUCCAUUUAAUGCGACGAAAGCCGAUACUUUAGGAAUCAUCAUUCAGAUGACUAACAAAAAUUUACGAAAUUUAAUGUUGGGUGGUAUUACCACUGAUAUCUUGGAUAUAAUUACUACGUAUUGUCCAAAUUUAACAAAGUUAUAUAUUAAAUGUCCAGGCUCAAAAUUACAGUUAUUUAGAAAACUAUUAACUGGAUUAAAAAACCUUGUGGAAUUGGAUUUAGGUGAUAUUCAUGAUGACGCUACUUACGUGAAUCCAAUUGAUUUAACUACUAUAAAGAUUAUAGCAGAGA